GCAUCAGCCUGACAGAAGAUCAGAUAUUUACACAAGAGGCAGAGAGAGAAACCUUUACACAUUCAGCUGAAGGAGAUGGAAGGCAGAAUAUACAAAGACAGCACAUGCAGCUAGGAGUAAGCGGAGGAGCAGGCAGCAGCUGGAAAUCGGCGAGCGACUCAGCAUCACCACACAGCGAAGAUUUAUUCUCAAAGUAAUGCAGAUUUCCUGGAUAGAAAUUUUGAUAAAAAUGUUUAUUUGCUUGGACUGAGUUUGCUAUCGGAGUGUCUCCCCAACGCUCUUCUUUAAGGCAGGAAGGGAUCAGGACUCUUCAACGUUUUAUCCAAAGAUACAGUCAGACCUGGCCCACAAAUAGCAGGCGAGGAACAAUCAACCCACGCAUGUAGGAAAUCGAAUAACACCAAGGGACCUCAUCUACCUUGUGAGACAGAUUCAUCCUUUUUCCUGCCUCUGCAACAUUGGAGGCUGUGGUUCAGAAGCAACAGCAUGUAGAGGGAAGCUCUUGACUUUGGGGUUCAACUUUGCUUCUCUCUGGAGGGAACUGCAACCCUUGGUGUAAGCUGGAUCUACAAUCUCCUGUUCGGAGGAGGUGACGCGAACCCAAUCCAUACUCCAAGGCAAAGAAAAAAACUUACAUUCACAAUAUUUUAUGCUUCCUUAUAUCUCUCCUGCUGUUGGCAGUAGAACACACGAAGACAGAUGGCAACGUCACUCCAUGUGCUCCUGACCAUUACAUUGUGUGUCGACUUUGUACUGUUUAAGUUGGUGCAUCCCGAUCGGAGUCCGGUGAGAACCAUGGGGCGGAAACCUCUGCCAACCGAGAAAAGUCUGGACCAAAUAAUAAAUGUACCAGACAGUCAGCAGCAGCUACUGGAUUUGCCUGUGGACCCACGCGAUAGCUGGCUUCUGUUUGUAGAGCACUCAGAGAAGGGUGUCAAUGAAAAGAAGAAGAAUAAAGGGAAAGCACGAAAAACACAGCAUGGUCUUCCAGGUCCGCCAGGUCCCCCGGGACCUCAGGGACCUCCAGGGGCCGUUGUCACACAUGAGGUGCUCCUGAAAGAAUUCAAAGAGAUGCUGAAAGAAGCAGUUGAAGAAAGAAAUAGAAUUGCUUUGCAGGAAAAGUGCCAAGAAUGUCCAGUGAUUCAGGACAGUCUUACCUAUCAUCCCCUGUUACCAGAGGAGAUUGACCAAUAUCACAGACUGGAAGCAGCCUUUCACUGCAAACUAAAGGAUAACCUUGUGAUGAACAGAAAAAGUGUGAGAGAGCUGCAGAACUUUCAUAUCCCUGAUAAGGAUGGUGUAUUCCUACGAGGAAUUGGCCUGAAUCUGACCAGCGGCCAAUACGUGGCCCCAGUGGCAGGGUUUUACCAGUUCUCCGCCAACCUCCAUAUCGAACACAGAGAGCCUCAGAGAAGAAGGCACAAUAGGCCUCAAGAUAAUAUCCGAAUACUCAUCUGCAUUGAAUCUCUAUGUCAGCACAAUAUAUCUUUGGAAACUGUCAAUGGCCUGGGUAGCAACAGUCAUAUAUUUACCAUGUUUGUCAGUGGCGCCCUCUAUCUGCAGGCCAUGCAGUACAUCUCCAUCUUUGCUGACAACAGAUCGGGUUCCACCAUCACCAUUCAAAGUGGCUCGGAUUUCACAGGGAUCUUGCUCGGCACGUAGAGUCUGCUGUUGCAUCGGGUGCUUGGCUGCUCCUCGCCCCUCUCUCUCCGCUUCCUCCAUCUCCCAGUCUCAGGACUCUCUAACUACUCCGACCCCUCCACGUCACCACAGCCAAGAAUUUACUCCAACGGUGCCGAGGGCCAAGAAUGACGAGCAGGUGUGGAGCAGCAAGUCCUCAGCUGGCAUUUUCUGUCCAGGAUCUCUGGGGGGUCCUGGAAAAAUCUUUCUUUACAUGUAUUAUAAUUGACAUUAUCUUCCCUCAAUAAUCAACCUGUCAGCAACAUAGCUCCAAUUGUUUUCAAAGCUCUUUUCAGGAUGUUGUUUACAUAUUAAAAUAGGCUAGCAAAUUGUUUGUGACCAGGAUCUCUCUUUGAAAUAUGGGCUCCAUUUUUGCUAAACCAGGCACACCAUACAUCUUUGUCAAAUGCGUGUGGAAUGCAACAAGGUGGUGUAUUCACCCAUUGUGACUGAAAGCUGUACUGUCCUACAUCCAUCCUUUCCUGUACUAUGAUCUUUCCACAUUCCCUUGUAGACUUGCCUCGCUUUUACAAAUGUUUUAGCUCUUUUUUUGACUAUUGUCUCUUCCUCUUUCCCCUGACUGCACUCCCUUAAGGGCCUGUCCCACUUACGUGUCCUUGGCAAAUUACGUGGUCGCGUUGAGCCGCGACUGUCCCGCGAAGGUCGCUCGCGAUUUCAAGCGUACGCACAGCCGUCUGGAGGGCGAGACGUCAUUUGAAGAUGGACACAAAGCUGGAGUAACUCAGCGGCACCGGUAGAAUCUCUGGAGAGAAGCAAUGGGUGACAGUUCAUGUCGAGACUCUUUUUCAGUCUGAAAAGAAGGGUCUUGACCCGAAACGUCAUCCAUUGCUUCUCUCCAGAGAUGCUGCCGGUCCCGCUGAGUUACUCUUGCCUUUUGUGUCCAUCUUCAAUUUUCUUGGCGCCGCUUUGGGAGUAGAAGCGGGGGUGGAUCCGGACCGCAACGACU